AUGGCCUCCCACCGCAUCGGCGCCCGCGUCGCGGGCCUCUCGCCCGCGCAGCUGUGCGCCAUCAUCGAGGCGCAGGCGGGCGCGAGCGACGCCGCGCUGCGCGUGGCGGAGGAGCACGCCGCACGGCUCGUGGAGCAGCCCGAGUGGGUGCUCUCCGAGGUCCUCCUCUCGCCGGACCUCGCCCCGCACAUCCUCGCCCAGCUGCCGACCAAGGCGCACGCCGUCAAGGGGACGGCCGCUUUUAUGGACUCGGAGCAUGCAGGUGUAUAUUCUUUUUGCUUGGCCGGACCUCAUGAUGAUUCUGGAAAAACCUGA